CCGCCCCACCCUGUCGCGCGUCCGCCCCCGAUGUCCCCCAGCCCGCCCCGCUCUCUGAGCGGACACAGGAGCAGCCCCGGAGGACAGCUGAGCAAGAAGGAUGGCAUUCGUGGCGCUGCGCAUGUUCCUGUUGCUCCUUGCGGGGAACUUCGAAGCCUCUUCACAACUUCAGAAUGAUCAGCUUUCAGGGUAUAAAAUCCCGGAGUGUUAUCGAUAUAGGUUACCGGGAUGUCCUAGGGACUUUAACCCUGUGUGUGGAAGUGACAUGACCACUUAUCCCAAUGAAUGUACUUUGUGCAUGAAAAUCAGGGAGGAAGGUCGUGAUAUUAAAAUCAUCCGAGAUGAGGCGUGCUGAUGGGCAGGUUCCAGAAGAGAGGAAGCAGCAAGACCGCCUUCCUCCAUGAAUACAUCCCAUUCCCCCCCUUUCUCUUUUCCUACUUUGUUGCAUGAGAUUUGUUACCUCACCUUUUCUAAGAGGAGGUGUGGAAAAAGAGCCAUGUGUAGCCAUGGCUAAUUAUAAAAAAAGUCUUGUUCUUGGAUUUUGCCCUUUAGCUCAGCUGAUUGCCCAGGUGACUUGUGCAUUGCUUCCUUUAAUUGAAAUAAAAUCAGCAUUGA